AUGCAGCUGUUGCAGCAAGUCAAGUCGUUUGGCGGCGUGAUCAAGCGGUUCGCGCACGAGAGCAGCAGUACGAAAUGCACCAUGCACUUCAGCAUCUUCGUGCCAGCGACAGCCAGUGACAGUCACAAAGUGCCGGUGCUCUUUUACCUGCCAGGGCUCACGUGCGACGACGAGCUGCUGUUUGUCAAAGCCCCAGGCGCCCAAAAAGUCGCUGCGAGUCGCGGGAUCGCGAUCGUCGCGGUGGACACGAGUCCUCGCAGUGUGAACGUCCAGGGAGAUCAAGAUGACUGGGAUUUCGGCACGGGUGCCGGCUUUUACGUGGAUGCGACCGAGCCCACGUGGGACGAGCACUACCGCAUGUACUCGUACGUGACGAAAGAGCUGCCGGCGCUUGUUAAUGCAACGUUUCCCGUGCUGGAGGACAAACACUCGAUCAUGGGCCACUCAAUGGGCGGUCACGGGGCGCUGGUGCUUGGGAUCCGCAAUUCUGACCAGUACAAGUCCAUCUCGGCGUUUGCCCCGGUCGCGCAUCCGAGUCAAUGUCCGUGGGGAAUCAAGGCGUUCACGGGUUACUUGGGCGUUGACCAGGAAGCGUGGAAGGAAUACGAUGCCACACAGCUGAUCCUGAAGCAGGGACCUAUUGCUCAGUCCAUUCUCAUUGACCAGGGACGCGAGGACAACUUCUUGCACGAUCGGCAGCUUCUGCCUGAAGCUUUUGAGGCAGCGUGCAAGCUGGUGGACCAGAAAGUGACGCUCCGCAUGCAGGAUGGAUACGACCACAGCUACUACUUCGUCGCCUCGUUUGUGGAAGAUCACGUCAACUACCACGCGGACGCUUUGCUUCAGUAG